AUGCGCUGGGCAGUGGUGGCAGCGACGUUGCUCCUCGCCAUGGGCCAAGAGGAUGACAACCCGGCCACUCCAGACUACGUGGAAGUGGAAGUGAGCGGAACGCAACCGGCCCGCAACCGGACCCCGUGGGAUUCCCGCUUCGUCGAUCCUCGAGACGGCCGCUUCAUCGCCAAGAUCUUGGCCACUUUCAUCCUUAGCCACAACUUGACGCGAAGUUUCGACUAUCGCAUUGCAAAACCCGCGCUCGACAUCGCCGUUGAAAAGGUGCGCGACUUGUAUCCCCAAAUUCGGUUCGAGUUGGUCAGCCGUCAAGGGUACCGAUCUUGCAUCAACAACUACGCCGGCAACUACGCUGCCGAGGAAUUCUACGCGGGCGGGGUGACGGCCUUCGUCGGGCCCGGCUGCUCCAUGGCAGUGGACACAGUCGGUCGUCUGGCCAACUACUGGAACGUCCCGGUGUGCACGGCAGCCGGGGUGGGUGCGCAGUUUGAAGACCGAGCCAUCUACGGCACUCUGGUGCGGUUGGCGCUUACCAUCAACGCGCUUCGGGACGCCUUCCUCAAGGUUCUGCAGUUCUUCGGCUGGAGGCACGUCGUGGUGCUGUCGGACAGCUCGCAGACCUUCUUCCGGCAGCUCCGCCGCGCCCUGGAGAUGCUGUUUGCCAAUCCGGACACCGGGGUCCGAGCCAUGUUUCGCGAUUUUGACUCCAACCGCUCCGUGGUGAACUACACGUCGCUGCUCGUGGAGGGGGCGACGCACGCCAGGGUCUUCCUGCUGGCGGGAGACGGGGAGGUCAUCCGGCAGAUCUUGCUGGACGCCUACGACCUGGACAUGCACGACGGACAGUUCGCUUUCCUCACGGCGGAACCUUACAAGAAUGAAAGGUACUUCGGUGACUUCUCGUGGUACAAAGAAGGGGAUAGCCGAAACACGGAAGUCCGCAAGAUGUACGAGGCCCUGAUGAUUCUCUCUCUGAAGAUUCCGACCAGCCCCGAGUACAAGAAGUUUGUUCAUCAGGUGGAAAUGAACUCCAGGAAAGAAUUCAACACUAGCAUCGAUGAUAGUAUUGUGAACGUCUUGAUAGCGGGCUUUCACGAUUGCGUCCAACUGUACGCUUGGGCUUUGAACGAGACACUGGCCCGCGGCGGAGACCCCAUGGACGGCAGAGCCCUCAUCGACCUCAUCAUGAACAGCACCCUCUAUGGCCUGACCGGGAAGAUACACUUCAACGCCAACGGCGACCGUAUUGCUGAAUAUGCCCUGAAAGACCUCAAUCCGUACACCCUGGAGAUGCAGCCAGUAGCCGUCUACCACGGAGCCAAUCAAGAGCUGGUCCCCAUCGACAACGCCACCGUCUACUGGCCCGGAAAACGGACGCAGCCACCGCUGGACGUGCCCCACUGUGGCUUCAUGGGCGACGCACCGCACUGUAAGCGACGAGAAUCCACCACUCUCCUGACCAUCAUCAGCCUGGUGACCUUGCUCGCCUUCCUGGGCCUUGCCAGCUUCGCUCUGGUCUUCUACCGCAAGGUCCAGCUUGAGGCGCAACUGGCAAACUUUUGGUGGAACAUCAAAUGGGAGGACAUAUCCUUUCCGGAAAGAAGCCGAAAGUCUGCUAGUAGUCUCGCCACGAACGACGAAGGGUUGUCCAAGAGUUCACCAAGGUUCGGAGCUGCUUGCUCUACGGCACCGGCUCAGUGCUCCUAUGGCGACGUCCACAUCGGCGUUUACAAGGGGAUGACUGUUGCCGUCAAGAUGAUACGCAUAGCGAAAUUCACUGCCACAAGGACCAUUCUGCUCGAACUCAAGCAGAUGCGCGAUGUUACGCACGAAAACCUUGUGCGUCUGGUCGGCCUGUCUUCCGAGGAUCCACAUUUGGGCCUCGUCAUGGAGUACUGUCCUCGAGGGAGCCUCAGGGACCUCCUGGAGAAUGAGUCGCUGAAGCUAGACUGGACCUUCCGUUACUCCAUCAUCAAUGACAUCGUGGAGGGGAUGACCUUCUUGCACAAUGGCUUCAUGGGGUUCCACGGGCGCCUCAAGUCCACCGCAUGCCUCAUCGACGCCCGGUUCGUGGUCAAGAUUUCAAACUUUGGUCUCCGCGAGCUGCGCAAGCAAGUGCUGCCCCCCGACGUGGAAAACCCGAGGAACCUCCUAUGGACGGCACCCGAGCACCUGCGCGAGGAAGUUCCCGGUGGAUCGCCAAAAGGAGAUAUCUACAGCUUCGCCAUCAUUCUGCAGGAGAUCCUUACGCGGUCAGGACCCUUCGAGAACCUGGAGAAGUACUCACGUCACUUCCUACCACCGGAAGAGAUCCUUUUCAGGGUGAAACUUGGUUCGAAUCCCCCAUUCCGACCGGACGUGACGCCUGCGGACUGUCCCCGGGAACUACUGUCCCUCAUGAAAAUGUGCUGGAACGAAAGCCCCGUCCUGCGGCCCUCCUUCCAAAUCCUGCGACAGCUCAUGAAGAAGUACACCAAGCAGAUGGGCAGCAGCAAUCUGUUGGACAACCUGCUGAAGCGCAUGGAGCAGUAUGCUAACAACCUCGAACAACUGGUCGAGGAGAAGACAGCGGCGCUAGUCGAAGAGAAGAGGAAAAGCGACGAGCUCCUCUAUGAGGUGCUGCCGCGGUACGUCGCCGAGCAGCUCAAACGCGGUGAAUACGUCAAGCCUGAGGCCUUCGAAUGCGUCACCAUCUGCUUCAGCGACAUCGUGGGCUUCACCGCUAUUUGCGCCAACAGCACGCCCAUGGAGGUGGUGGACCUUCUGAACGACCUCUACUCAUGUUUCGACGCCAUCAUCAUCAACUACGACGUCUUCAAGGUAGAGACCAUCGGCGAUGCUUACAUGGUCGUCUCGGGGCUUCCCGUGCGCAACGGUAACGAGCACGCUCGCGAGAUCGCCCGCAUGACACUGUCGCUCCUCAACGCCAUCGCCGGGUUCCGCAUCCGUCACCAGCCCAGCAACAAGUUACGUCUACGCAUAGGAGUACACUCAGGUCCUUGUGCAGCGGGGGUGGUGGGGCUCAAACGGCCUCGCUAUUGCCUCUUCGGCGACACAGUCAACACGGCUUCACGGAUGGAGAGCUGCGGCGAAGCAAUGAAGAUUCACAUGACACGGGAGACGAAGCGGCUGCUGGACACCUUCGGUACGUUUCGUCAGAGGCUGCGCGGUGACAUCUAUGUCAAGGGCAAAGGCAUGAUGCGCACCUACUUCCUGGAAGCUGAGGAACCCCCAUUCUCGCCUGACAUCGGGCUCCAGGGCACCUUCUUCACCAACGAGCACCUCAUGAAGCAGAUGUGAACGGACCGCGCACAACGAUACUCUAUCGCCAACGUGCAAUAAUCGUCUAUAAUUUAGCGCAUGUGUAACCAUCCUGCUGCAAUCAUGUUUCUCCACACGUUAAAGAGGUUUUAGAAUCAGAGUGCAAUCUGCUACAGAUAUCGGAGAGCCCUAGUACUGCGUACGCAACGAAAUAGCG